AUGAGUCGAAACAUUAUGCCAACUGCCAGUGUCCACCCAAAACAGCCAUGCAAAGCGACCAACCAAAUAGAUUCACCAUAUGCAUCCAAUCUCCACACCAAUUAUACCCCUACGGAAUCAGAAAUUCCCCAAAUCAAGGAGUUUUUGACCGAUCCGCUCAAACGUUUAUCUAGCCUUGACGCUGAGAUCGAAAGGGUACAAUCAAUUCUUGAUGAGCUACGGCACGAGCGUUGUGCUCUAAGUGAUGAGAUCGAGGCUCAUCGAGCGCUGAUCUCUCCUAUUCGCCGAAUCCCCUUCGACGUGCUCGGGGAGAUCUUCGUUCAUUGUCUCCCUGAUGGUCGCAAUGCCGUCAUGAGCUCUCGGGAAGCUCCGAUUUUGCUGGGUCGCAUCUGUAGCGCGUGGAGGUCUAUCGCACUGUCAACCCCGCGGCUUUGGGCGAGCCUUCACAUACCGACACCUAUGGAGAUCUCUGAAACUGGGCAAGUCCUUGCUCAGCCAGAACCCACAUUUAUUGCCAAGAUGGAGAGGCGCUGCGAGGGGGCACGGGAAUGGAUCGGCCGUUCAAGAGAGAGCCCCAUCUCCAUCUCCAUCUGCAUUCCAACGCACGUCUAUUCUUACGAAUUGCAACCCUCGAGCAUGAAGACUUUUGAGGUUGCAGUAGCGCAGAUACUCGCUUCCAGCCACCGAUGGAGAAAAGUCGAUUUUAGGGCAACGAAAGACUCAUUUACUCGUCUCCAACAGCUCGCAGAGGAUGCUGUACCACUGCUAGAAUCUCUGGUGAUCGCCGGCGGGUCUCUGCGAGCAUGGGAUCCGCUCGCAUCAGAUUCGAGUGGGCGCUGGACGAAAUUCUCAGGUCUUCUGUCAGCUAGGAAGUUGCGGAAGCUUUCCUUAUCGUAUCUCAAAGAGGACCUCCUCUCAUUGCCAGUGCGUUGGUCGCAGUUAACUCACCUCAAUUUGGACCUCGACAUCCCAGCCAAAUUCGGAAGGACUUCGAGGGGUCUCAGGUAUAGCGAUAUUAUCAAAGUGUUGAGGAGAUGCCCACUGCUUGUGAGCUGUGGCUUGAGUCUGGAAAGCACAGCAUUUGACGUCCUCCUACAACCCGAUCACGAAUUGCCCCUAGCCGAAUACACCCUGACACUCCCCCUUCUGGAGAACCUUCUUCUCAACCUCAGCGGCAGAUGGGAUGAGUGUCAUUUAAAGCAUCUCGAUCUUCCUAGACUCCGUCAUUUCGAGAUUAAAUUUCAGGAAACGUUCUCCGGCAGUCAGGCGAGUCGGCCCUCAUGGGUACCCUUCCUUUCGCGUAAUGGUAACUCUGUGAAGCAAUUGAUUAUAGAUAUCCCUUCAUUGACUCGGGAUGAACUUAUUGGUUUCCUCGAAUCGGUGCCACUCCUUAUCCACCUCCAUGUCAGCAGCGCCUCCAGUUCUUCAUCUGUCGUCGAUCCCGAAGUCAUUGAUCGCCUCACUGGCACUCCUUCCGCCGAAAAUCCCGAUUGUCUGUGCCCUCUGCUUGAAGAACUUCAAUGCAACGGGACACAUUGCGCAAGUUUUUCCGAAUCCCAAUUGUUGUCUUUGGUGCAAAAGCGGAGUGAUACUGAAAAGGGUGGACUGCUGAAACGAGUAGACGUCACGUUCCAUGAUCGCCGCGAGCCAAAGAACUUCGAUAAAUUCCUUGAUUCGCUUAUUGGGAGCGGGAUGAAAGUUUCUCAGCGGAACCAAAGCGGAACUUCAAGGCAGGCGCCGUCAUUCACCCUGAAUCGAACAACAUCAAGCUAUCUACUGUUAUAA